CCUCCGACGCAUAUGAAAAGAGACAGUCGGUACGCAAGGUGAGAGACCGCUAUAUUUACUUUUAUUGCUGAUGAGUUCGUGUCCGAAUUAUGAAGGUGUCAACAUUUCGUUGUAGUGGUAUCGCACUGUGACGUUCAGUUUUACUGUCACAAUGUAUGAACUAAAUCGCCGGUUCAUUUUUGUUAUGAGAAUAUUGGGCUUAGGGCUCGCCGAAUGCAAGAAAUUCUGCGGUUUGAUGGACAUAAGCAGUUCAUUUUUAAACCAGUCUACAUACGAUUUUUAUAUUGAUAAAAUACAUGAGUGUGUUGAAACAGUUACUCAGACUCUAUUCUCAUCUGCUGCUGAAAAAGAAAAACAAUUUACAAAUAUUGAAAACGAUUUACAAGAUACGACAGAUGUGAGUGUUUCCGGUGACGGUACCUGGAAGAAACGUGGUUUCUCCUCACUAUAUGGUGUGAGUUCACUAAUCGGAUAUUAUUCGGGAAGAGUGUUGGAUGUGUUGGUGAAAUCUUCUUAUUGUAAGUUAUGUGAAAGCUGAAAAAAAAAAUUAGAUACUGCAGAAUAUGAAGAAUGGAAAGAACACAUUGAAACAAAUCAAUGCACCGUCAAUCACACUGGAGCAUCAGAAAACAUGGAAGUCUCAUCGAUUAUUGAAAUUUUUGAACGCUCGAUUAUCAAAUAUGGACUGAGGUACGUAAAUUAUAUAGGAGAUGGGGACUCAAAAACCUACUCUGGUCUUCUCAAAGCCCAACCUUACGGUGACGAUUUUGUUAUCAAUAAAAAAGAAUGCGUUGGACACGUGCAAAAAAGAAUGGGGACCCGUUUGCGUGAGUUAGUAAAGAAAACAACUGAGGAAAAAAUAGUAAAAGGUAAAAAAAUACAUAAAAAAACUGUGUCUGGCAAAGAUAAACUGACCAGUAAACUUAUAGACAAAUUAACUGUGUACUAUGGUUUGGCGAUAAGGAGAAACUGUGAAUCAGUAUAAAAAAUGAAAGACGCUAUAUGGGCUACCUAUUAUCACUAUAGCUCUACAGAUACAAAACCUCAGCACGAUAACUGCCCAAAAGGUCCAGACUCUUGGUGCGCUUGGCAACGGGCAUCAGCUACAAAUACUCUUUCAUCAUUUAAACAUGAGUAUACUCCAUUACCAAAUGAAGUUUUGAUUGCUAUGAAACCAAUAUAUGAUGAUCUCAGUAAGAAUGAGCUUCUCGAACGGUGUGUUGGUGGUUUCACACAAAAUAACAACGAGAGCUUCAACCAGUUGAUCUGGAAAAUUACUUCAAAAAUACUUCCUGCUGGUUCAAAGAUUGUUAAUAUUGCGGAAUUGGUCGCUGCUUGUAUCUUCAAUGAAGGAACAUCAGCUGUUUUAUUGAUUAUGCACGGUAUGGAUUUAAAAUUAGGCCGAAACUCCCACGAAUAUGCCCGAAUUUCGGAUGAAAACCGUGUGUGCGCAGCCGAAAAAAAAUCUACGAGCGAGACUCGCGAAGCCAGAAUCCGCCAUCGAUAGGAGCAAAAGGAUGCUCUGAAUAUUGCAACUGCUGCAGGAUCUUUACUUUAUGGCCCAGGAAUCGACGAUUCACUGUAAGUUACAAACAACAUUUUUUUUUUCCUUUUAUUGUUACUCAAAACUUUAAACGCGUUUUUCUCGGAACCGUGUUUUCAAAGUCGGUUGUCAAAUGUUCUCGAAAACUACACAACCGAUCUUGAUGAAAUUUUACACAGGUAUUAGAGAUACAAUUUACUCGUGCUUGGACGAAGGAUUUUUUUUUUUCAAUUACAACUAUUUUAAAAAACAAAACGUCAAGCAAAUUUGACCGAAAUUUUCAUUUUUUUUUAAAAAAUGUCUGCCAAAAUUCCAAUUUUUACUUUUUUUUUUCCUUCGUUCAAGCACGAGUUUAUGGUCUUAACUAAACCACUUAUUUUUGUUUUCUCAUUUUAGAUGAUUUUGUCGGGAGUUAUGCUGACAACGCGGACGCACCUUUUUUCCGAGGGUUCACCGGAAAUGACGUCACAAUGGAGAAGUUUUAAUUUUUUUAUUUUGAAAAUUUCAGAAAUUAUUCUUUAAAUAUGUAUCUAUUGUAUUGUAUUGUAUUAUUUAGAUAUAUCCGGGCGCUCAGUCUUCGAGGACCAUUGUGCCCGAGCCCUUACGGGCAACCUACACUAUGGGGAAGGUAGUUAGGUUGGCAGCCCUGGCAAAGAGCAGAAGCCUACCAACUCCUAUUCCCUCUAUACCCACUUCGCCGGUGAAGUUGGGUCCGAAGGCCUCCGUACGGGGGCCCACUAGACCCCUUCACCGCACUAAGAGAUGAUGUGGUGUUUCCGCUUCUUCGCCACACCUGGGACAGCUCGCCUCUUCCCUGAGUCCAAGGUGGACGAGGUUUUUGCCUGUGUACCAGUGGCCCGUGAUAAACCCUGUUACGCUUCUCAGUUCGGUUCUGCUUAGUUUGAUCAGCUCCUCACCGAGCCCGCUCGAGGGUCCUUUAAACAGGCCCCUCGUGUGUAGCAUGCCCGGUGCAUUGCCCCAAAGCUCUGCGAACUUAUCCCUAGCAAUCCUCUUUGCUAGUUUUCUAAUAUGUUCCGUAGGGACCCCGAUUUGGCAGCCCCUGUCCGGGCCAUGUCGUGAAGCUCCCCUCUUAGCUAGUCGGUCUGCUUCGAUGUUACCCUUGAUGCCUUUGUGCGCCGGCACCCAGAGCAGUUUCACGCGGUUUGAUUGCGCUAGUUGCCUCAGCAGAACUGUGCAUUCCUGCACGAGCUUAGAUCUCACCACGCAUGCGUCGAUCGAUCUAAGCGCUGCUCUGCCGUCACUGCAGAUGUAGAUGUGCUUGCCCCUGUAUCCCAGCGUCAGGAUUUUCCUGACGCGGGAGAGUAUAGCGAACACCUCUGC